GAGAAGCUCUGAAUAGAGAAAUGCCACUGAACCCAUUAUGACCUCUUCAGCUGAGGAAUCCUUCUAUCUCUGCACAGAAUCUUCCCUCGGGAACCAUAAGAGCUGUGGAAGUAUCAAGGGGUUGCUUGCUGUCUGCCUUACCUUUCUCUGCAUUUUGUCCAUGUUGAGUUCCAAAUGUGUCCUGUAAAGGCUUUCACUUUGCAUGGAAGUUGGACUUGCCAGUUAAAAAUGAGACACUUCCAACUGAACUUGCUUCUCAUCUGUAUGGCAACCACCACUGCAAUCCCUGUCGUACCCUGGAAGGUCAAAUGUCCACUGAAGUGCGUUUGCCAGAUCAGGCCAUGGUACACACCUAGGUCUUCAUACAGAGAAGCAACCACAGUUGACUGUAAUGAUUUGUUCAUCUCCACAGUGCCUGAAAGCUUGCCAGAGGGGGCGCAGAUCCUGCUCUUGCAAAGCAACAAUAUUGUUAAGGUUGAGCAGAGUGAGCUGGAUUAUCUGAGAAACCUGACAGAGCUAGAUCUGUCACAAAACAGCUUCUCUGACAUUUUAGACUUCAGCCUGAAGAAUAUGCCCCAGCUGCUGAGUCUCCACCUGGAAGAGAAUCAGCUGUCUGAACUGCCUGAUAACAGCUUCACAGGCCUGGCCAGUCUCCAAGAGCUUUACCUUAACCACAAUCAAAUACGUAGGAUCUCACCCCAAGCUUUUCUAGGCCUUGGAAACCUGCUUCGGCUCCAUCUGAACUCCAAUUUCUUGAGGUCAGUUGACAGUCGCUGGUUUCAAGUCCUGCCCAGUCUGGAGAUCCUCAUGAUUGGAGGCAACAAAGUAGAUGCCAUUUUGGAUAUGAACUUCAGAGCCCUUUCAAAUCUGAGGAGUCUAGUUCUGGCUGGAAUGCACCUGAAAGACAUUUCAGAUUAUGCACUAGUAGGCCUAAAAAAUCUAGAGAGCCUGUCUUUCUAUGACAACAAGCUGGUCAAUGUCCCUAAGCGAGCACUGCAGCAGGUUCCUGGUCUUAAAUUCUUGGAUCUUAACAAAAACCCACUUCAGAGGAUUAAGCAAAGUGACUUCACCAACAUGCUGCACCUGAAGGAACUGGGACUCAACAACAUGGAGGAGCUGGUUUCCAUUGACAAAUUUGCUUUGAUCAACCUGCCUGAAUUGACCAAACUAGAUGUGACCAAUAAUCCUAAACUGUCCUAUAUCCAUCCCAGUGCUUUCCACCACCUGCCCCAGAUGGAGACCCUCAUGCUCAACAACAAUGCCCUCAGUGCCUUGCAUAAGCAGACACUGGAGUCCCUCCCCAAUCUUCAGGAAAUCAGUAUCCACAGCAAUCCAAUCCGCUGUGACUGUGUUAUCCGUUGGGUUAAUAGUACUGAAAACCACAUACGCUUCAUUGAGCCACAAUCCACAUUAUGUGCUGAGCCUCCAGAUCUAAAGAGAAAGCAUAUCCGGGAUGUCCCUUUCAGGGAAAUGGCUGAUAGAUGCCUGCCCCUCAUCUCUGACAAAAGCUUUCCUUCUCAUUUGGAGGUGUUGGGCGGUGAGGAUCUCUCUCUCCACUGCAGGGCUCUAGCUGAACCAGAACCAGAGAUAUAUUGGAUCACCCCAUCAGGCCUCAAGUUGAUGCCCUAUUCAGAAGAUGGAAAGUAUAAAGUGUACCCUGAAGGAACACUGGAGAUCCACAAGAUUACAGUGCAAGAAGCUGGGCUCUACACAUGUAUGGCUCAAAAUCUCAUAGGUGCUGACACCAAGAGCAUCAGUCUAAUGGUCAACAAUUCUUUUCCUUUCAGUGAGGACAGGCUUGAGCUGCUAGUGAAGGAGGUCCAGGCCUACCACGUCCUGGUUACUUGGAAACCUCAUCUCAACACAGUUUCUUCUAACCUCACAUGGUCCAGCUUUGAUCCUAGCUUGGACAUGACAAGUGUGGCCCGCAUUCCCACAGGCACUCACAUGUACAACAUCACACGGCUGCACCACAGCACAGAAUACUGGGCUUGCCUUCAUGUAGCUUUUGUAGACUUGCAGAGCAAAGUAGCCUGUGUCAAUGCCAGGACUAAAGAGGCUCCAUACCAGCACUUGGAAAGGAGGCAGGGUGUCCUGAUGGUCCUGUCUUUUUGCCUUUUGCUGUUGACUGUUAGCCUUAUAGGCAACUAUGGCCAGGGCUCCUGCAUGCCAUGGAAAACACACUCAUCUUCAGUGCGUGUUGUAUACCCAACUUACAUCAAACACUGGGAUCAAGGAAGAAAGGGCGAGACACUCUUAUCUGUGGAAGUACAAGCACCACUGGAUUCUUGAAACGUGUUGGUUGAUAUUUUUCCCCCAGGAGGGUGGAUAAGAUCUGGUGGAUUUUUUUUUUAAUUACCAAAUAUAAAAGGGGGAACAUGCUCAACCAUGAGAAACAAUAAGCAUGGAGGAUGCAGAAUAUAAAGGCCUCAUGUGUCCCUUAUCCACCCAAAUCACCAGUGAUCCUUUAUGCCAAGAAAGACAAUCCAUUUUUAUGAGAGGGAAGUUCUUUCAAAGACAGGCAGCAUCCAGAGUAGAUAACAUGAGCUCAAAGCUUCAAGCCUUGUAUCUCUCAAAACUCCUCUUCCCCUCACACACAGCCUGUGGAUCCUCUGGCAGCAUCUUGUUACCAAUAUACUUUUGGUACAGCAAACUUCUGGUCCUUUGGAAAUACAAAAAAGGCCUUUUCAUGUGGGAGUUUCCUUUGUGUGUACAUUUGUACUGCCAUCAAGGAUCUUAAACCCAACCCAACCUGCUUCUCUUUGCAGGCUAUGUGGUUUCCUUCCAGUGGACCACCUCAAAGAAAAGGGAAGGUGAAGGGAAGAGAAGGCAACCUUAUCAGACUUGGGAAUCACAAAUAACAGUGAUCCUCAGAACAAGGAAUGAAUCUUUGAAUCAAUUAGCAACAUCACUUAGCAAACGUGGAUUGCAUUUCAACCCAAAAGCUUAAUUUCAAGGCUAUUUUGUAAACUUUUGUGAAUAAUGUUUAAGAAAAAGGAGGAGGGAGGGUGAAAAAAAUCCUGCUUUUCUGUUUUGUUUCAUUUUUGUAAAAAAAAUAUGAAAGAAAGUAAGAAAGAAAAAAAAUCCUUUGUAUACCAAUCUACCAUAGCUAAAAGGCUUUGUGCUAGGUCAGCAUUGC